AUGGCAAGACUCUCAGUGAAUGAAAUGGACGCGUUAGGAAGGAGACUUGCUACUGUUACUAACCAUCUAAACCCGGUUGCUCCAUCUUCAAAUCAUAGCCCAAUUGAUUUAUCCAACACUUCAUCAAUAGACAAUUCCUAUCAUAGAAUCCACGGAGAAGUUUCUAAUGAACAAGUCAUUUGGAAAAAUGCUUGUGAUGAAUAUGGGAAAGAAUUCACUGACAUUAUUUAUGAGAAAGCAGUUGGUGAAGGGAUUGCAAAGAUUACUAUUAAUAGGCCUGAGAGAAGAAAUGCAUUCAGGCCACAAACAGUUAAAGAGAUGAUUCGUGCAUUUAAUGAUGCUAGGGAUGACAGUUCUAUUGGGGUUAUCAUUCUAACUGGAAAGGGAACUAAGGCUUUUUGCAGUGGCGGGGAUCAAUCAUUAAGAACCGCGGAUGGUUAUGCUGAUCCUAAUGAUAUGGGCCGUCUCAAUGUUUUGGACUUGCAGGUACAGAUUCGGCGUCUUCCCAAGCCAAUAAUAGCUAUGGUUGCAGGUUAUGCUGUUGGAGGGGGUCAUGUGUUGCACAUGGUCUGUGAUCUCACAAUUGCAGCAGAUAAUGCUAUAUUUGGCCAAACUGGUCCAAAGGUCGGAAGCUUUGAUGCUGGUUAUGGGAGUUCCAUUAUGUCCCGUUUGGUUGGACCGAAAAAGGCAAGGGAGAUGUGGUUUCUAGCAAGGUUCUAUACAGCGUCUGAAGCAGAGAAAAUGGGCCUUGUAAACACAGUUGUACCACUAGAAACUUUGGAGCACGAAACAGUUAAAUGGUGUCGACAAAUACUAAGGAAUAGCCCAACUGCAAUUCGUGUACUUAAGUCAGCUCUUAAUGCAGUUGAUGAUGGGCAUGCUGGACUCCAGGAACUUGCUGGGAAUACCACACUUAUAUUCUAUGGUACUGAGGAAGGCAAUGAGGGGAAGACAGCAUAUAUGCAACAUAGACGUCCAGAUUUCUCAAGAUUUCCGCGACGACCUUGAGAUGCCUACAAUCACUGUCGUGUAUAUUUCAUCAUUGCUUGCUGAAUGUGAAUUUGAAGUAAAUUCUGAUGUUCUUUCCCUUUGUUGUAUUGUUCAUAUAUGCCCUUUUGGCGUCCAUCAUCUUCCCUUUCAACAAUAAAACAUGGAAUCAAGAGUCUUUGUCAUUCUUGCCCGCACUAAAUUGUUACUUAUGAAAUAGAUGAGCAUUCUAUUUUUAUGUAGUUAUUAUGGAAAUAAUAAUGUCUUAGUUGGAGUUAUCUUUA